ACGGGCUCUCGUUGCCCUAUCGUAUGCAUUUCCGUCCAAUUUACUAACUAACCGUGGUGUGGAAAACUAAAUCGGAAAACCUUUACAGCCCUUUAGACCCAUCUUCAACAUCAAAUGAGUUUAAGGUAAGCAUGAAGUAUUAAAUAAUGGGUAUUUUAUGGGUACUUUAGGAUUUUUUAAAGCUCACGAAAGCUAGCCCUGUGAAAGACCUGGAAUAUCUCCAAUCCUAGCAAUCCUACGAUUUUUUUUUAAUUGUGCAAGCCUCAAUUGUUUUUAACCCUUUAACUCCCAUGACCUGAUUGUUAAUUCUCCCCUCUCAGUAACUGGUACUCGUUUCCUUGUAAAUUAGUUAAGAGAAUUUGGUUCUAGAUCAAGAUAGCAACUUCUCCCUGAAAAGUUUGAAUAUUCUAAUUGGCUGUUUACUGAAUAAUGUAUGGAUAUUAUUGGGAGAAGUUUUAUGUUGAUCACUUGUGGGAGUUAAAAUGUUAAGCUUGUAAUUACAUUCCCUAUCCACUGACUCUUUCACUCCCAUGAUCUCAUUAAUAGUUCUCCUUACUGUCUGUCAUACAAUUCUGAAGAUGUUAGGUUGGAGAAUUUCGUAUUGGAUCAACUAACAAUCCCCAAAUUGAUAUUUUCUUUUUUCUCAUUACUUUUCUGGUUGAUAAUGUUUGAUAUUGUAAAGAGAUAUUCUUUCUUGGUCACUUAUGGGAUUUUUUUAAGAGUUAAAAAAAUUCCCAUAUGACUGGUAUGUUGUUUUUUUUAACACUUACCAUUUUAUUUAUUAGUUUAUACCUUUAAUCCCUAAGAAUGACUAGCAUCUAAUUUCUCCUUACAAUAUCACCCUUGAAUUCUGUGCUAAGGUCAUGCGAAUAAAGAAAAUUAUCAGCAGCAAAAUAAGCUGUUGAUUGUCCAAGAAAUUCUCCUGGUCAGCACAUUAGGGAAUGAAUGGGGAACAGUAUGAAGAAUACCUUUGCUAAUGUUAGGGUGUAAAAGGUUAUACAACACAAGUGAAUAGUGCCUUUUGCACACGCUGAUUGGCUAGUUUAGAAGUGAAUUGCAAGUGCGCUUAACUUCCCAGCAGCUGAUAAGAUAAAAUGGCAAGUCAAGAGCUAAAUUUCUAAGCAUUUUUCAGUAUCUGAAAAAAAAAAAAAAUUUUUUUGGUAUCUAUGUGGUACAUAAUAAGACAAUUGUUCACCUUGGUGUGAAACUGGUGAAUAUUUACCUUACCACUUCGGGGCUUGGAAAAUAUCCAUCUCUAUUGAUCUCCACUUCAGGAAAUAAUUAUUAACUGUUGGCAAUGUAUGGAUCUUCUGACUGAUAGAAUUAUUCAUUGGGACAUUCCACUAUUCAUCUCAACCCUCCCUAGGGAAGGCCAAGUUGUAAAACUUGACUUUAUUUUUAGUGGACAGCACCUUUUAACAUUGCACUUGGAUGUUCAAAAUUGUGUUUGUUUAAUUACAGUUGGAGGGUUUAAAAUUGUGUUGGUUUAAUUGUAGUUGUGGGGCUCAAAAUUAUGUUAGUUUAAAUGCAAUUGGAGGGCUCAUAUUUGUGUUAGUUUACUUGCAGUUGGAGGGCUCAAAAUUUUGUUGGUUUCUUAGAAAAAUACUCCAUUAGAGCCCUGUACCAAAUGUUGCCUUCCAUGGAAAAAGGGGUGGCAGUUAGAUGAAAAAUAGAAUAGCCCAUUUUUGCAGCAACUGGACAGCUGUCCACCACAAAGAAUAUGCUGGGAGCCAAUGCAAAUAUGUUGACAUUGGCAAUGAGCUCUAAAAUAGACAUUUUUAAUUGUUAAUGUUCUUGUGCAACUCUAUGUUAGCUGCAAACACAAAAUAAAGAGCUCUAUAUUAUCUGUCUACUAAUCCUUUUCAUGCAACUUAUUAUCAUCAUGGGAUUUCUUUUGCCUGAGGUGGACAUUGAUGGCAUUAAGGAAGUGUUUGUAGACAUUACAAUGAGUUUUAUGAACUCUAAGUAGUACCCUUGUGCAAAUCUCUCCUAGAUGUAAUAAAAAAAAUAAUACACUCAUCUUUUGACUUAAAUCUAAAUAUUUUUUAAAGUACUCCUACUACAUGUUCACUGGUGUAAUAACCCACUUGGGAUGUUGGUUAAACACACAAAAAGUUUCUAGAUCUCUUCUCGCUUAUAAACGUUAAUUUACUCAUGUUCUCUCAUCAUCCUACAGGGGCAAUUACAUCCAUAAACUGACAGAAAGUGCAGUCAAUUGCUUAACUUCAAAAAGGGUUAUUGCAAUUCGAAGGUUAGACUAUGAAUGCUACCUACUUGCAGACAAAUUGUUAAAAUAUGCAUCACCUCAUGAAACCUUUAAAGGAGGUCAUCCUAAAAUUUUCUUUUCCCAAAAAUCCUAAAAACGUGAGACCCAAUUUUAAUACUGUAUCAAAAAUGUGGUCCCAUCCAGCAGCACAUUCCCAGUAACCUUUUACUAGGGAGUACCUACCCCCCCAGUACAGAUGCUAGUGGUGCUAUUGAAUUGUCAUUAAUUGCUCAACCAUGCAUUGCUCAACCAUGCAUUGCUCAACCAUAAUACAAGAAGAAAGAAUGAUUUUUCCUUUCUCUUGUUGAAAAAACUAGGGAGAACAAAGACUUUUAUACAUAUGCGCAAAAGAAUGGAGUCUUUUAGAUACUUCUUUCAAAGAAAUCAACUCUCUCCUCAUUUUUAAAGCAAAGAAUGAAAAACUAUGAAUUUAGAUUUUUAGCCUCUACAAUCAACUUUUAUUUCAUAGCUUUUUUGUUCUUACAUGUUAUCUAUUUAUGAUAACUUUUAUUUUAUUUUAUUUUAGAGGACCUCACAGAAUACCACUUUCUAGUGAAGUGAGCCUCCUGUAUAAAGACUGUUAUUAUUAUUAUUAUCAUUAUUAUUAUUACUAUUAUCAUUAUUGUCAUUAUUAUUAUUAUUAUGCAUUCAUGAUAUCUAAUUAUUGGUCAAAGUUGCAUGGACGAGGUUGACAUUAUGGAGAUCUAACUGACUUAAAAGAAGUUUUAAAAUGAAAAUAGUUUUUAACAGAACCCCUCUUCAACUGAUACGACUCCAAAACUUCCACUAACCCUUGAUAAUUUUUUUUUUCUGUGUAGGAAUGAAACAAUCAAAGGAGUCUUUCUCAACGAGUGGUAGGGAAGCUGAACAAGAUACGAACAUUGACGUCAUCAUUAGGUCAUUUGAGUCACGUGACAGUCCCAUGAUUCGCAAGAUCUUUACGCAAAGCAUGGGAGAAAUGCGAGGACCCUUUGUUCGUGACGUCAUGUACCAAGCGGCUUCUUAUGGAUUAUUUUUAUCGUUCCCUGUAGCACUUUUAAACCUCAUAUGGUCUCCUUGGUGUUUAUCAAUUUACCUUUUAGUUUUAUUUGUUUUAUUGGUUGCCUUGUUCACUGGACUGCACAUUGGGUUUUCAAGGUACAUUCGAAGCUGCUUACGCAACGAUCUAGAUAACGUAGAGAAUGUCUAUUUAGGCCAGAAAAGGUCCCAUAUGUGGGUGGCUGAACUUAACAACAAAAUCAUCGGCAUGGUCGCCCUUGUUCCCGUCAGUGAGCACGAAGUUUGUUUCGGAAAGCCUCGGGACACCGUCGGUCGACUUCGGAGAAUGGCUGUUUCACCCGAAUUUCGUCGACUUGGUGUUGCUAAGAAAUUGUUACAUGUAUUAUUAAGUUUUGCAAAGGAGAUAGGAUAUAAACAAAUAGUUCUUUUGACAACCAGCGCUCAGGAGGCUGCGCUUAAAUUUUACCCAAAGAAUGGAUUUUACUUGGUGUCUAAAAGGCUAGCUAAUGUAGCCCUUAGAGGAUUUUAUCAUUAUGAUUACUGUUACGAUCUAGAUAAAGCUAGAUAAAAGCC